CCUGCUCCCUUAACCCCUCCUCAUGCACACAUAAAUCCAAACCCCGCCAUGAUUCCCUACGCCGCAGCUCCUCCUCCACCCCCGCGGGCCCCACCCCAACCAACGGUCCCGAUAGCCACACGACAAAUCCGCAGGCAUCGGAGUUAUCGUCGCAAAAAGUAGCGAAAACAUCGCCACCAGGCGCCAGUACGUACGACCCCUGCCGCUACGUACCGGUACCACCCACCACUAUAUCACCCCCUUAGCCCGCACCACCCUUUCUCUCCCUCCCUCUCUCUCUCUCUCUCAUUUGGAGCGUUACAACAACAUUGCUCACGCAGCACGUACCCUUUCGGUUCAUCUCUCUGGCGUGCCGAACGGAAACGGAGUCUAGAGAGAGGGAGGUUGGGUGUUAAAAAAGACGUACGGCUGCACCUGGUUCUCACCGCCCAAAUUUGUCCUCAUCAUAUCCUCCGUCAUCUUACUAUUCCAUUUCCAUCUUUCUGUUUUCUCCGGUCUUCUGUAUUUUCCGAUUAUUAUUACGUUCUGUAAAGAGAAACAGACAUAUGGCUGGUUCAGUCAGUGGGGAGCAACAGAGCGCCUACCCUGUUAACAACCGCCAAGGUGAUAGAGAUGAUUUGUACACCCAACUAUGGCAUACAUGUGCCGGGUCUAAUAUCUAUGUCCCACGCCCUGGAGACAAAGUUUUCUACUUCGCUCAAGGCCACAUUGAACAGGUUGAGGCAUAUGCAGACCCAGACAGUAAUGCGGCCAUGCCAAAAUACAAUUUGCCUCCCAAGAUUCUCUGCCAUGUUGUUAAUGUGCAGCUAAAGGCCGAAGUUCACACAGAUGAAGUCUUUGCUCAGAUAACCUUGCUUCCUGUGACUGAGCAAGACCAGCUAAGUUUUGAGGAUGAAAAUGCUCCAUCUUUGCCUCAUAGAACCAGAACAUGCUUUAGCAAGAUACUCACUCCAUCUGACACAAGCACCCAUGGUGGAUUCUCUGUUCCAAAGCGACAUGCCGAGGAGUGCUUUCCACCUCUGAUGUUCUUGCAGGAGAUGUUUCAUCAACCACCAGUACAGGAACUCACUACAAAGGACUUGCAUGGAGUUGAAUGGCACUUUCGUCAUAUAUUCCGUGGUCAGCCAAAGAGGCACUUGCUUACUAGUGGUUGGAGUACAUUUGUGACUGCCAAGAAACUUGUUCCUGGGGAUGCAUGUAUCUUCGUCAGAGGAGAAAAUGGAGAGCUCCGUGUUGGCAUACGCCGUGCGACCAAAACACAAGACAAUGCAACAGCUUCCCUCAUUUCUGGCAAUAGCAUGCAGCAUGGCAUCCUUGCGAGUGCCUUCCACGCCAUUUGUACUGGAACCAUGUUUACCGUGUAUUAUCGCCCUUGGACCAGUCCUGUGCCAUUCAUAAUUCCAUAUGAUCAAUACAUGAAAUCACCCAAAGAUGAAUAUUCUGUUGGGAUGAGAUUCAGAAUGUGGUUUGAAGCUGAAGAAUGUGCAGAGAAGAGAUGUGAAGGUACCAUAAUAGAUAUUAAAGAUAAGGAUCCUGUUAGGUGGCCCAGUUCUGAAUGGGGGUGUCUGAAGGUGCAAUGGGAUACCACAUCAGCUACGCUCUUGCAUUCUGAAAGGCUUUCUCCUUGGAACAUUGAGCCUGCAGAAUCCACCAAGACGAAGAGGACUUCUUUCCCUGUCCCACCUCAUAAGAGACCACGUAUACCUGAUCUAUCAUUACCUGUGUUUUCUGGGUUGGCCAGGAAUGCCCCAAUUCCAUUAAUAAUGCCUCAAAGACGAGAAAAGGUCUUUCAAGGUCAAGAAAUAAGCGAAACAUAUGCUAAUGAACUAGGUGCACCAAUGUAUGAUCCGCUACACCAAAGUCCUCGCAGUUCAAUAGCAUUUUCCAGUGAAAAUAUGCUGACUCCAGGCCACAUUAACCAAUGGUCAUCACAGUUGACUACUUUUGGGGUCGUUGACAGUGUUCCAUUUAGCAGAAGCAUGUCGGUUCCAAAUAUCAACUCCUCUGGAUUCCAGGAAUUAAGCGCCUCUAAACAGAGGAGUGAGACUCAAGGGCCAUUUGUUCCAUCAAAUACCCUCAUGCUUUUUGGAGUCAAUUUAGAUAACAGUCACUCGGAGCUCCCUUCACCACAAGUUGCCAAUUCUAGUGGACACUUAAGUCCUUGUUCUAUUCCUCCAAUUUCUCAGUCAAGUGUUUCUGAAACUGUCCAACUUUCAGAGACAUCUAAGAGUAUUUCUUGUGUUCUUUCUGAGACACAAUGCAAGAAAUGUUGUUCUGUCAGCAACAGGAGUUGCAUAAAGGUGCUCAAGUAUGGAGCAGCCCUUGGAAGAUCAGUGGACCUCACACGCUUUGAUGGGUAUGGUGAGCUUAUUUCUGAGCUUGACCAGAUGUUCGAUUUUGAAGGAAGGUUGAUCGAUGGAAGCAGUGGAUGGCAGGUAACCUACAUGGACGAUGAAGGAGACAUGAUGCUGAUAGGAGAUUAUCUGUGGCAUGAAUUCCUGUCAAUGGUGCGAAAAAUGUUCAUCAGUCCAAAGGAUCAAGAAAUCGACAGUCAGAAUCCAGGCUCUCCAAAUGCAACAUCCCUCUAAGUUUUUCUUCAUCCGUUCAUAUCAGAGAGAAAGAUGUGUGUAUCAAUAAACAGGCCUGCAUCAAGGCCCAUUUUCGUUUUGCAUAAUGUGUGUGUGUCAAUGUCACCUGUACAAAUUAAAGGUGCAGCUAUCCAUUGUAUAGAUCUGUGUCUUCUCUAGAGGAUGCUUUUGUUUUUCAAGAAGGGAAAGCCUAGGAUUGCUAUCCUAUAAAUUCCAGAUUAAAGUUGCAACC